UUAGACAGAACCCGCGAGCCAGCGAAAGGAAAAGAGAGAGAGGGAUUGCGAAUUACACCGAAAUAUAGUGCAUGUCCGAUCCUUACACAUAAAAACCGGGUGAUAUACACCGAAAGUACAUACACGGAGACGAAGACCCUCAAAAUCGCAGUUGCAGAGAGAAAGAGAAGGAAAGGAGAAGAGAAAGACGGAAAUAGACGGAGAGAGACGCGCGCUUCAGAAUCUCCCGUUUUCUUCUCACUCUCAGAAGAUAAAAAGCUCCGAAAAGGUCAGAAAAGGAAGAAAAUCUCUUCCCCCCUUUUCUUCAAUCCCUUCUCUCAUUGAAAAUCUCACUAUCUUUUUCCGCAAUUUCGAAAAAGCCCUUCCAACUCCAAUCCGUACACGAUCCGUUCCGGUCGAUUCCGUUCCGUUGAUCGGAGCCCGUUCCACGUAAAAAUGCGAGCUUUCUGGUGUUCCCUUGUCGUCGAGGAAUCUCGGGCCAGGUGGGUUUCUCUUUUGCUCUGUUAGGGUUUCGAUUCGAGAAGAUUGGGAUUUGGAAUUUGGAAUUAGGGUUUUAGGGUUUUUAGGGUUUUUGUUCUGGUUGGCGCGGUCUGAUUCGAGCAUUGGUGAAUUGGGGCGGUUUUCCUGUCCCAAUUUUGAAUUUUGGGGGUUUUGAGGUUUUGGAAGGGUGGAUUCGACGAUCAGCGAUCUCGUUGUUUUUUUUGUAUGGAAUCGAUGCAUUGAGAAAUGCCGCCAGUUCAGCAGCAUACACGCAUCAAUCUCGCCGAAUUGAAGGGUCAGAUAGUGAAGAAGAUCGGGGCUGAGCGGGCCAGGAGGUAUUUCAAUUAUCUGAACCGGUUGUUGGGUCAGAAGCUUAGCAAGUCCGAAUUCGAUAAAUUGUGCUUUUUGACACUCGGGCGGGAAAAUCUCGCUCUUCACAAUCAGUUGAUCAGGUCUGUUCUGAAGAAUGCCAGUGAUGGGCGGGUUCCACCGCCUCCUCCCCCCGAGAAGGAAGUCACCAAGCCGGUUAAAGUGGGGGCAAAGAGGUCUCCUCCGAGAGAAGAUGGGUAUCAUCAGGUCGCAGGUUUUCCAUCGGCCCCAUCAGUUUGGUCGAAUGGGGAUGCAUUCCCAAUUUCCCCACGGAAGGUCCGGUCCGGGAUACGGGACCGGCGGCUUAAAGAUAGGCGUAGCCCUCUUGGACCGAAUGGGAAGAUGGAUUCAGCUUCUAAUCAGUUGAUUGCAGUUGAGGAUGGUGUCACGAAGCAUGUCUUGGAAAAUGGGGAUUUGAGUCUGUUCGAUUCGCAGAGGCCAUUGCAGCAUCAUCAAGGACUUGCGGAACAGCCCGUGAACGAGCGGGAUGGUUCCCUCCUGCCCCCCGCAAAAAGACCACGGAUAAUAAAGAGAUCGCCGCACGAGCCGGUUUCUGUACAUAGCAAGGGUAUGGUAGAAGUUGUCGUUGUCGAGGAUGCGGAAGAGGCGGAGCAGGCCAAUAGCAUGAAUUCUAGCAGAAGUCCACUCCGGGCACCUCUUGGGAUCCCGUUCUGCCCUGCCAGCGUAGGUGGGGCCCGUAGAGCUUUGCCAGUGGCUAGCAGCAGUAGUGUUGCUAGCGCUGUGGAUAUCGGCGAAUUGUUUGAUAGCGAGACUUUGAGGAAGCGUAUGGAGCAGAUAGUGGGAUUGCAGGGGCUUGAUGGGGUGUCGAUGGAUUGUGCUAACUUAUUGAAUAACGGAUUGGAUGUGUAUUUGAAGCGGUUGAUCAAGUCGUGCACCGAUCUAGUUCAAGCAAGGUCUCGACAUGAACCAGUAAAGCAGUCGUCGUACAAGCAGCAGCCUCAUGGGAAGGUUAUCAAUGGUGUCUGGCCAGGUCAGCACAUGCACAUGCAGAGUAACAGCGGGCCUGCAGAAGUUAUAAACGAACCCAAGCACUGUCAGCUGGUAUCUCUUCAGGAUUUUAAGGUGGCAAUGGAACUAAACCCACACCAGCUGGGAGAAGACUGGCCGUUGCUGCUCGAGAAAACAUGUUUGCGAUCAUGUGAGGAAUAAGACAUCCAGCUCCACUUUGGUUUCUUUGAAACUGUGGCUGGGUGGGUCCCUGUGGGAUCAAAGGGCCCGUCAUAGUGUGGCAAGUUGGUACAAUUUUGACCAAGGCGCAUGCUCUCUCCUUUACAAGGUGAAACUUCAGAUUGCCGCAGGAAGUCGUGUUUGAUCCUUCCAUGGGGCCCAUGCCCGAUCAAGAACACAUUUUCACAGCAACCAACCGAAAGGGAAUGUCAAAAGGUUUCCCCUGUUUGGUUGCACUGUUGUAUGCUUAGCAUUCAUGAGGGGUGUCUCCGCCAUCGCCGCAGAUCUCGAGCUUCUGUAAUUUAAAAAAAGAAAAAAAGAAAAGGAAAGAGAGAGCUGCAGAGAAAAUCGAGGGCAGUUUUGAAGGUAUACUGUUGUGUAGCUUGUUAAAAGGACUACUUUCAAGAAGCUGAAGGAGAAGAAGGUGAAGCUGGAGGAGGAUGAGGGGAGAAGGAGAAGAAGAGCAGCAGAAGAAGCAGAUGUAGCUCUAUUUCUCAGUGACAGAAGAGGAAGAAGCUCUAUUUUCUUAGCCAAGUGCCUCUAUUUUCUUGUUCUUGUUCUUUUUUAACAACUCAGACAUUUUCAAGAAACAGCAAAACAAAACAAGGCUGCAAAUGUCCAAUACAAGUCUCUUCUAGAUUCUUAAAGCUUUUUCAGUCUCCACCAUGUCGAUUUGUCUUUCCUUUUACUAUUAUUAUUACUGCGUGAUUUAAGAAGUGGGCCCCUUGAUUUUGUUUGGGUUCGGGUUCUGAGUUCUGGUAAUUCUGUUGUGGGGUUUGAGUUCUGGGAACUCAUCUGUUGUUUCAGGUUUUCUUUUCUUGUUUUUCUUUCUUUUUUCUCUUGUAUUGAUUCUUUGCUUCCUUGUUAAUAUAAUAUCAUCUUUCAAAAAAAGAGAGGAGA